UAACGCCUCCAAGACCAAUGAUGAUAACGCCUCCAAGAACAAUGAUAAAAACGCCUACAAUACCAAUACUCCAAAGGACUUCUAUUAUGACUUCCCAACACCGUCUUAUCCUAGAUCUUACGAUAAACCAAUUUCGCAUUACUACGGAUAUAGAGAUAAGGUUGACCAUUCUCUUGAUAGUUAUAUGUGGUAUUCAACUGAAUUCUUUCGUGUUAUCACGCCGACACAUAAAUCUCGUGCAAUUGAAAAGUACGGAAAAUGCCUUGAUGAGGCUAUUGAUUUCUGUGAGAACCCGGACAAACAGUCGAAAUUAAGAAAUCUCAAAGAAACUAUUAAUAAUAAUGAAAAUGUCGAUGAUGAGAAAGGUAGUAACAAUAAUGAUAGCGCCAAUAACGAGGAAGGCAGUAACGAUAAUAAUGAUAGCACCAACAACGAGGGAGGUAGUAACAAUAGUGAUAGCGCUAAUAACGAGGAAGGCAGUAACAGCAAUAAUGAUAGCACCAAUAAUGAGGAAGGUAUUAAAAGCGACGAAGGUGCCGACAGCGGUAAUAUAAACGAGGAAGAAUAUUUAGAUAAAAACAAGGCUGAACAAGAUAUUCUAGAAAUAUAUCGUUCAAAAUUUAAUAAUUAUCCUGUCAUGGACCUCCGGCUACAUUCAGAACUAUCCCUUUCCUUAAAUCAAGCAUUGCAAGAUAAAAUUCUACAUGAAGUUUUCGACGAAAUAGACAAGGAUUAUAUAACAGAUGAAAUUCAUAAUUUUCUCACUGACUUUUUUAAUGCUGAUCACGGUAAACAAGGAUGGCACGAAUCAGUUCGAAGAAUAGUCAUCAACGAAAAAGACUCGGAAUUACUGCAAGGUACAAAAGAACUGCUUAAGGGAACAUUGGGACGAUUAGAUGUUACGAUUUUAGAAAGACCUCAUCUCAACCAAUUUAUACAUCCGUUAAUUGAUAAUGCGUUGUGGAUUUUUGCAAGUAUUUCUUUGCAAGGAAAAGCAAAAGUCAUGGCAGAUGGUGUUGGAUACCUUAAUGAUGUCUCAAACUACCAAAUUGUUUGCAUGGAAGGGGCAAAACCAGGGGCGAGGAAUGAAAAAAAUAUUAACGUCGAUAAGAAGAACAUCAAAAGCAUGAUACAACUGUUUAACCAUAUAAUUGUAUCAGAGGCUUCAGAACGAAGACAAGUAUACACAGGCCUUCGAGUAUAUGGUGCAACUGCUUGUAAAACUGAACUCUCUCUUACAAUGCUUGAUUUUUGUGGUAUGUAA